AUGUCACCAAUUACCGACCAAUUUUCGACAAUUUUUGAAAUUUUAUCACUUUUCAAUUGGUCCAAAAAGGAAAAAAAUGACACCUCAAAAAAUAUUAAAGAUAAUAAUGAUAAAGAGAUCGAUAAUUAUGAAAUGAAAACAUUAAAAAAGUCAUGUGAAGAAAAUAUUGGUUCAACUUUACCAACAAAAACAACAAUGAAUAAUUUAGUAGAUUUAAUCGAUCAAACGAUUCAAGAUUAUUGUAUUGAAAAUAAUUCAAGAGCUUUCAAAAUAAAUUAUUACUGGAUUUCGGAUUUUUCAACUGUAUUAAUUAUUCCUUCAGAUGUAACGUUAAAAGAUUUUAAAAUAUUCGCUACUCAACAAUUUGGUGAAAAAUAUUUGGUACCUGAUGAUUGUGUCGUACUUGCUCAUACACAAAAUUUCGAUCUUCUUCGUGAUGUUGUUAGAAUUAAAGGUGCUACUGAAUCAAGAAAUGCCAUACACUUUGUAGGAUUAGUGGUGAUGAACAAAAUAAAGAUUGUUUCUUCUGAGAUCGCGUGGAAAAAUUGUUUAGCUAUGAAUUGUAGUGUUGUUGAGGUUACAAUAUUUUCUAAAGAAAUGCUUACUUAUUAG